AUGCGUCCAUCCCUGUCAUUCGUCUUCGGUUCUCAGAAACCCACGUUUGCUGGGGUCUUGAACAACAUGAGUCCAACUUAUGACACCAUCAACAGCCCCAUCCUGCCCUCUUCUCCCUUGAUCUCGCGUCAGAAGAUAGCACCACAGCUAGAGGCCGAUGUGCGCUACGCUUGCUCGCUUCUUGUCUACCGUAUCGAACAGGGAGUCCCCGCGCCAGGUGCGCACCGGAUUUCCACCACCUCGGAGGCAGCCGUGCGGUCUGCCGAAGUGCGCGCCGCCCAGAUCGAAUCCAAAUACCUCACACCGAGUGUAGGCCCUGAGGUGGCCAAGCGAGCCACCAAGUUCGACUCGGGAGUCGGGUUAACCCAACAGCCCAGCAUGCAAACCAUGCGCAAUCUCCAUUCUUCGCACUCGGAUCGACGGUCAGACACCGGCUCCAUCUUCAGUCGCAACCGAUGUGCCACUCCCGGCUCCAACACCACCUCCGCCUGGGACACCGAUCCCUCCAGCGGGAGAGCCUCUCUCAAGAGUCCUCGGAAGCAGUCACGACAGCCGAAGCGUCCAGGGGACUAUAUGCGAUCCAUGAACGGUGCUCCGGCAACAGGGGUGCCCCAAACGCACGUGGACAUGGAGACCCUGACCUUCCUCAUGGGGCCUGAACCAGACGGCUUUCAGCCACCCCCGGCAGCGGGCCCGGAUGACAGCCCUGAGAAUUUCGAAGUGUUCUUGAAUGCCGAUGCCACCUUUGCGACCGGUGACGUGCCGAGCUUCUGUUCUCCGCAACCGGGGCUACUUCAUCCAGCCGCCCCCAGCUUUGGAUUGCCAAACGGCGACGCCUCAACGCCGCCACGUAUACCCGCACCCAUGCGAGACGGACCCUCCAGCAGCAGACCGUCCAUUGGUCUGGCAGAGGAGACAGAUGACGAGGCCGCGGACUGGCAUGAGCGCCCAGAGCCCGCCGUCAUCAUCGACAGCAGCGGGUUCAUGCACAUCAUGACGGCGGAGGAAGAAGAGGAGCGCCAUCAAACCUUGCAGCAGGCUGUCCUCGCCAGGAUGAACACAGCCCCUGCCGACAGCAGUCCGCAGCACCCCCAAGAACCGGCCCCCGCCCAACUACAGCAGAAUCAUUCUGAGCCGGAACCCCAGCACCGACCCCGCCCCAGCACGACGCCCUCCCGACCAUCCGCCCCGCCGCAACUAUCCAGUCGCCCGGCAACCACUCGCUCCCGACAGCCGACCUCAGGGUCAACCAGGAACAAGCUGAGCAUGCUGACGAAGCGCAAGUCAGCCCUUCGUUCCCCGGGAUCGUCACACCCAGACCUCCCCGAGGGUCCGCCGCUGCAACGCCAGGGACGGCCGCCCUCGAUGUUCCAGAGAUUGGCAGGCUGGUUUGGAAAACGCCGUGGGGGUACUGGAGUUGGCGCUGCCGUGUCGUAA